AUGAAGCAGUGCGAGAAUUGCCAGUGCAGUGACAAGCUAGAUGACCAAAGUAAACUACACAUCAUUGAGUGCGGUCCCAAUGAGUGUGAUACAUUCUGUCAGCUGCCUGGUGGCACUUGGUAUCCACCUAGAGACCAAUGUUUGCAGUUCGAGUGUGUGAAGAUAGGAAUGACUUUCAUCACAAUUGAGGCCAAGAUUGUUUGUCCAGAGUUCAAUCCUGAAGAUUGUAUUCCUAAGAAGCUGAAGGGGUCUACUCCAUCUCUGGAAUCAAGACACAGGAUGGACAGUGAGGGAGCACCAGGCAGUGAGGUCCUUGCAGGUCCCAUGCAUCUUGAGAUCACAGAACGUAUACGUUCGGCACAUAAUGAUAAGGUCUGCAGCACAUGGGGUAACUACCACUUCAAGACCUUUGAUGGGGACGCCUUUCAGCUGCCGUCUACCUGCAACCACAUCCUGGCCUCACAGUGUGGGAGCAGUUAUGAGGAUUUCAAUAUCCAGAUGAGGCGUGAGGUGGUCAAUGAGCAGCCUACCAUCAGUAAGAUCACAAUGAAGCUGGAGGGGACAGUGGUGGAGAUCACAAAGUCCUCCAUCAUAGUCAACGAAGAAAUCGUGACACCACCAUUUAGUAGAUCAGGAAUUUAUAUUGAGAAGACGUUCUCCUAUAUUACCCUCCAUGCUAAACUGGGACUGACUGCUAUGUGGAAUAAAGACGAUGCUCUUAUGGUUGAACUGAGCGACAAAUUUAGAAACCAAACAUGUGGGCUGUGUGGUGACUUCAAUGGAGUUAAGACCUACAAUGAAUUCAUCAAAAAUGGGAUAGAACUCUCACCAUAUUUCUAUGGAAACCUCUGGAAAAUGGAUGGCCCUUUAGAAAACUGUGAAGAACAAAUUCUGGUGGCUGAGGAGAAUUGUGGGGACAAGAAAUUUUGCCAGGAUCUCUUCUCACUCCCUGUUUUCAGUGGUUGUUGGGAUGUGGUGUCCGUUGAUUCAUUUGUAAAGACAUGUAUGGAGGACUUGUGUCACUGUAAUACCACCUCUGACUCUUUCUGCCUGUGCAAUACUCUCUCAGAGUACUCCCGUCAGUGUGUACAUGCAGGGGGCAAACCUCAGCAGUGGAGGUCGGAAAAUUUCUGUAACUAUUUGUGCCCUGACGGCAUGGUACACCAGGAAUGUGGAACCCCCUGUGUGGACACCUGCUCAAACGCUGACAGUGGAAGUGUGUGUGUGGACCAUUGUAUUGAUGGAUGCUUCUGUCCCCUAGGUACUGUUUGGGAUGAUGUAAACAAAACAGGUUGUAUACCACAAAGUGAAUGCUCCUGUAUUCAUGGAGGAAAAAUUUACAGCCCUGGAGAAAGUUACAGCCGUCACUGCAAAGAAUGCACCUGUACUGGGGGUCAGUGGGAUUGCCAGGAUAAGGACUGCCCAGGAAUGUGUUCUGUGGAAGGGGGGUCCCACAUUACAACUUAUGAUGGAAAGGCAUAUACAUUUCUUGGAGACUGCACUUAUGCCCUCUCAAAACAUUGUGCAGGGACUGAUUUCACAGUUCUGGGAGACCUAAUGAGAUGUGGGCUGACUGAUACUGAGACCUGUCUGAAGGCAGUUACAGUGGCUCUAUCAGGAGAAUCUACUGUGAUCAGAGUGGACUCAAGUGGAAAUGUUGACAUCAACAGAAUAUAUUCCCAGCUGCCACUUUUUACUGCGGAAGUGAGCAUUUUCAAGCCCUCUUCUUUCUUCAUUGUCAUCCAAACCCGUAAGACUGGGCUUCGUCUGGAAAUACAGCUUGUACCUAUCAUGCAGGUUUUCAUCACAACCGCCAACCAAUUCCAAGGACAAACCUGUGGUCUUUGUGGGAAUUUCAACAAUAUUCAGUCAGAUGAUUUUACAACCAUUGGGGGACUCAGAGAAGGCACAGCUGUGGACUUUGCCAACACUUGGAAGACUCGAGCAAAUUGUCCUGAUGUUAAGAGAAAUUUUGAGAACCCCUGCAGUAUGAGUAUUGAAAACGAGAGGUAUGCCCAGCACUGGUGUUCUAUGCUCUCAGAUCCUACAGGAGUAUUUUCCUCCUGCCAUCCUGAAAUUAGCCCUGAUAUCUACAAAGCAAACUGUAUAUAUGAUACCUGUAAUUGUGAGAGAAGUGAGGAAUGCAUGUGCGCUGCCCUCUCGUCCUAUGUACAUGCUUGUGCUGCUAAGGGGAUCAUCCUCAAUGGUUGGAGAGAUGUUGCCUGCAAGAAUUACACCCUGAAUUGCCCCUUGACGCAGGUAUAUUCUUACAACAUGACUAGCUGUGGCCGUACCUGCCGAUCUCUCAGCCAGCCAGACUACACCUGCGCUAUUGACUUUGUGCCUGUAGAUGGUUGUGGAUGUGCUGAAGGGACAUAUAUGAAUGAGAAUGGCCAGUGUGUGGCACCAUCUAGGUGCCCCUGUUACGAUGGUACCAUUGUGGUUCCAGCGGGUGAUGUUCUCAGCAAGGAUGGAGCUACAUGCACUUGUAUGCAAGGUGCACUGAACUGCAUUGGUACACCAAUUCUUAUCCCAGACUGCUCUGCACCUAUGGUUUUCUUCAAUUGCUCCAGUGCUGCUCCAGGAUCCAAGGGGUCCGAAUGUCUGAAGAGCUGCCACACACUAGACAUGGCUUGUAUCAGCACAGAGUGUGUGUCAGGUUGUGUAUGUCCUGCUGGACUAGUGUCUGAUGGGAAUGGUGGCUGCAUUGAAGUGGACCUUUGUCCUUGUUUUCACAAUGGAGUCAGCUACAAGCCUGGCGAGAGCAUAAAAGUGGACUGUAACACCUGCACCUGCAAGGACAGAAAAUGGCAAUGCACCACUAACCAGUGUCAUGGAACCUGUGGCAUUUAUGGAGAUGGGCAUUAUAUCACCUUUGAUGAAAAAAGAUUUGUCUUCAGUGGCAGCUGUGAAUACACUCUUGUUCAGGACUUCUGCGGCAAUAGCAACACAAACGGAACCUUCAGAAUCAUCACUGAGAACAUCCCUUGUGGAACCACUGGUGUCACUUGCUCUAAGGCAAUCAAGAUCUUCCUAGGGAGCAAUGAACUUAUACUCACGGAUGCAAGUUAUCAAGUUGUUAAGAGGGGUACAACAGGAAAAAUACCAUACCAUAUCAGGACUGUAGGAAAAUACUUGGUGAUUGAGGUGAAUAAUGGUCUAAUCAUCACAUGGGAUAAGAGGACAAGCAUGUUCAUCAAGCUCAGUCCAAUGUAUAACGGACGUGUUUGCGGUUUGUGUGGGAACUAUGAUGGAAAUGCAAAUAAUGACUUCACCACCCGAAGCCAAGAGGUUGUAGUUGAUGCCCUGAGUUUUGGAAACAGUUGGAAAGUUUCUCCCAGCUGUCCAGAGGCAGUUCAGAUACAGGAUCCUUGCACUCAUAAUCCAUACAGGGAGUCAUGGGCUCAGAGACAAUGCAGUAUCAUCAAGAGCAAAGUCUUUUCUUCAUGUCACUCUAAGGUGGAUCCCUCUUACUACUACGAUGCUUGUGUGAGAGAUGCAUGUGCUUGUGAUAGUGGUGGAGACUGUGAAUGUUUCUGCACUGCUGUAGCAGCCUAUGCAGAGGCUUGUAAUGAGGCUGGAGCCUGUGUUGCCUGGAGAAGUCCAACAAUCUGUCCACUUUUCUGUGAUUACUACAACCCACCUGGAGAGUGUGAGUGGCACUACAAACCCUGUGGAGCACCCUGUAUGCAGACUUGCAGGAAUCCCUCUGGGAUUUGUUCCACUCAGAUACCACCACUGGAAGGCUGCUACCCUAAAUGCCCUGCUGACCAGCCCUUCUUUGAUGAAGACACAAUGAAAUGCGUGACACAAGAGCAGUGUGGCUGCUAUGUUGGAUUGCAACGCUACGACUAUGGGGAGAAUGUUCCUAGCACAGAGAAUUCAUGCUAUUGCAUAUACCAAAAUGUGAAAUAUACCUUCGGAGACAUCAUUUACCAUACAACAGAUGGUUUUGGCAGCUGCAUCAAAGCUGUGUGUGGAGUGAAUGGAACUAUUGAGAGGGAAAUGACACCUUGUGAAACUACAGCUACCACUGCAGGGCCGACCACAACUGAAACAGUUACCGAGGCACAGUCAGGCAGCACGACAGCCGGAGUGGCCACGUCAAGCAAGCCACACAAGAUAGCCACCACUGCUCAGGCAACCACAUCCGCCACCACGGUUGUAGAGCGGGAAAGCACAACAUCCCAGCUAUCAGCGAGCACAGGGACAGCACCAAGCAGCUCUGGCCCAGUUGUAACCAGCACUAAACCUAGCACCGUGACUGGGACGACCACGGUACCAGCUUCAAGCACAGAAGUAGUCACAUCUGUCACAAGUGAAACACCAACCCCAGGCACUUCACCCGGAACUAAACCCUAUAAAGAGCGUACGACUGUUUCCACAACUGUGCCAACAACUUCCUCCACCACUGGACCCGUUGAGCAGAGCACCACGUCUCCAUUCGCAACGGGAACGUUGCCAGUUGAAUCAACUUCUACCCCCUUCGUUGUCACCCAGACCACUGCAGGGCCGACCACGACUGAAACAGUUACCGAGGCACAGUCAGGCAGCACGACAGCCGGAGUGGCCACGUCAAGCAAGCCACACAAGAUAGCCACCACUGCUCAGGCAACCACAUCCGCCACCACGGUUGUAGAGCGGGAAAGCACAACAUCCCAGCUAUCAGCGAGCACAGGGACAGCACCAAGCAGCUCUGGCCCAGUUGUAACCAGCACUAAACCUAGCACCGUGACUGGGACGACCACGGUACCAGCUUCAAGCACAGAAGUAGUCACAUCUGUCACAAGUGAAACACCAACCCCAGGCACUUCACCCGGAACUAAACCCUAUAAAGAGCGUACGACUGUUUCCACAACUGUGCCAACAACUUCCUCCACCACUGGACCCGUUGAGCAGAGCACCACGUCUCCAUUCGCAACGGGAACGUUGCCAGUUGAAUCAACUUCUACCCCCUUCGUUGUCACCCAGACCACUGCAGGGCCGACCACGACUGAAACAGUUACCGAGGCACAGUCAGGCAGCACGACAGCCGGAGUGGCCACGUCAAGCAAGCCACACAAGAUAGCCACCACUGCUCAGGCAACCACAUCCGCCACCACGGUUGUAGAGCGGGAAAGCACAACAUCCCAGCCAUCAGCGAGCACAGGGACAGCACCAAGCAGCUCUGGCCCAGUUGUAACCAGCACUAAACCUAGCACCGUGACUGGGAUGACCACGGUACCAGCUUCAAGCACAGAAGUAGUCACAUCUGUCACAAGUGAAACACCAACCCCAGGCACUUCACCCGGAACUAAACCCUAUAAAGAGCGUACGACUGUUUCCACAACUGUGCCAACAACUUCCUCCACCACUGGACCCGUUGAGCAGAGCACCACGUCUCCAUUCGCAACGGGAACGUUGCCAGUUGAAUCAACUUCUACCCCCUUCGUUGUCACCCAGACCACUGCAGGGCCGACCACGACUGAAACAGUUACCGAGGCACAGUCAGGCAGCACGACAGCCGGAGUGGCCACGUCAAGCAAGCCACACAAGAUAGCCACCACUGCUCAGGCAACCACAUCCGCCACCACGGUUGUAGAGCGGGAAAGCACAACAUCCCAGCUAUCAGCGAGCACAGGGACAGCACCAAGCAGCUCUGGCCCAGUUGUAACCAGCACUAAACCUAGCACCGUGACUGGGACGACCACGGUACCAGCUUCAAGCACAGAAGUAGUCACAUCUGUCACAAGUGAAACACCAACCCCAGGCACUUCACCCGGAACUAAACCCUAUAAAGAGCGUACGACUGUUUCCACAACUGUGCCAACAACUUCCUCCACCACUGGACCCGUUGAGCAGAGCACCACGUCUCCAUUCGCAACGGGAACGUUGCCAGUUGAAUCAACUUCUACCCCCUUCGUUGUCACCCAGACCACUGCAGGGCCGACCACGACUGAAACAGUUACCGAGGCACAGUCAGGCAGCACGACAGCCGGAGUGGCCACGUCAAGCAAGCCACACAAGAUAGCCACCACUGCUCAGGCAACCACAUCCGCCACCACGGUUGUAGAGCGGGAAAGCACAACAUCCCAGCCAUCAGCGAGCACAGGGACAGCACCAAGCAGCUCUGGCCCAGUUGUAACCAGCACUAAACCUAGCACCGUGACUGGGACGACCACGGUACCAGCUUCAAGCACAGAAGUAGUCACAUCUGUCACAAGUGAAACACCAACCCCAGGCACUUCACCCGGAACUAAACCCUAUAAAGAGCGUACGACUGUUUCCACAACUGUGCCAACAACUUCCUCCACCACUGGACCCGUUGAGCAGAGCACCACGUCUCCAUUCGCAACGGGAACGUUGCCAGUUGAAUCAACUUCUACCCCCUUCGUUGUCACCCAGACCACUGCAGGGCCGACCACGACUGAAACAGUUACCGAGGCACAGUCAGGCAGCACGACAGCCGGAGUGGCCACGUCAAGCAAGCCACACAAGAUAGCCACCACUGCUCAGGCAACCACAUCCGCCACCACGGUUGUAGAGCGGGAAAGCACAACAUCCCAGCCAUCAGCGAGCACAGGGACAGCACCAAGCAGCUCUGGCCCAGUUGUAACCAGCACUAAACCUAGCACCGUGACUGGGACGACCACGGUACCAGCUUCAAGCACAGAAGUAGUCACAUCUGUCACAAGUGAAACACCAACCCCAGGCACUUCACCCGGAACUAAACCCUAUAAAGAGCGUACGACUGUUUCCACAACUGUGCCAACAACUUCCUCCACCACUGGACCCGUUGAGCAGAGCACCACGUCUCCAUUCGCAACGGGAACGUUGCCAGUUGAAUCAACUUCUACCCCCUUCGUUGUCACCCAGACCACUGCAGGGCCGACCACGACUGAAACAGUUACCGAGGCACAGUCAGGCAGCACGACAGCCGGAGUGGCCACGUCAAGCAAGCCACACAAGAUAGCCACCACUGCUCAGGCAACCACAUCCGCCACCACGGUUGUAGAGCGGGAAAGCACAACAUCCCAGCUAUCAGCGAGCACAGGGACAGCACCAAGCAGCUCUGGCCCAGUUGUAACCAGCACUAAACCUAGCACCGUGACUGGGACGACCACGGUACCAGCUUCAAGCACAGAAGUAGUCACAUCUGUCACAAGUGAAACACCAACCCCAGGCACUUCACCCGGAACUAAACCCUAUAAAGAGCGUACGACUGUUUCCACAACUGUGCCAACAACUUCCUCCACCACUGGACCCGUUGAGCAGAGCACCACGUCUCCAUUCGCAACGGGAACGUUGCCAGUUGAAUCAACUUCUACCCCCUUCGUUGUCACCCAGACCACUGCAGGGCCGACCACGACUGAAACAGUUACCGAGGCACAGUCAGGCAGCACGACAGCCGGAGUGGCCACGUCAAGCAAGCCACACAAGAUAGCCACCACUGCUCAGGCAACCACAUCCGCCACCACGGUUGUAGAGCGGGAAAGCACAACAUCCCAGCCAUCAGCGAGCACAGGGACAGCACCAAGCAGCUCUGGCCCAGUUGUAACCAGCACUAAACCUAGCACCGUGACUGGGACGACCACGGUACCAGCUUCAAGCACAGAAGUAGUCACAUCUGUCACAAGUGAAACACCAACCCCAGGCACUUCACCCGGAACUAAACCCUAUAAAGAGCGUACGACUGUUUCCACAACUGUGCCAACAACUUCCUCCACCACUGGACCCGUUGAGCAGAGCACCACGUCUCCAUUCGCAACGGGAACGUUGCCAGUUGAAUCAACUUCUACCCCCUUCGUUGUCACCCAGACCACUGCAGGGCCGACCACGACUGAAACAGUUACCGAGGCACAGUCAGGCAGCACGACAGCCGGAGUGGCCACGUCAAGCAAGCCACACAAGAUAGCCACCACUGCUCAGGCAACCACAUCCGCCACCACGGUUGUAGAGCGGGAAAGCACAACAUCCCAGCUAUCAGCGAGCACAGGGACAGCACCAAGCAGCUCUGGCCCAGUUGUAACCAGCACUAAACCUAGCACCGUGACUGGGACGACCACGGUACCAGCUUCAAGCACAGAAGUAGUCACAUCUGUCACAAGUGAAACACCAACCCCAGGCACUUCACCCGGAACUAAACCCUAUAAAGAGCGUACGACUGUUUCCACAACUGUGCCAACAACUUCCUCCACCACUGGACCCGUUGAGCAGAGCACCACGUCUCCAUUCGCAACGGGAACGUUGCCAGUUGAAUCAACUUCUACCCCCUUCGUUGUCACCCAGACCACUGCAGGGCCGACCACGACUGAAACAGUUACCGAGGCACAGUCAGGCAGCACGACAGCCGGAGUGGCCACGUCAAGCAAGCCACACAAGAUAGCCACCACUGCUCAGGCAACCACAUCCGCCACCACGGUUGUAGAGCGGGAAAGCACAACAUCCCAGCUAUCAGCGAGCACAGGGACAGCACCAAGCAGCUCUGGCCCAGUUGUAACCAGCACUAAACCUAGCACCGUGACUGGGACGACCACGGUACCAGCUUCAAGCACAGAAGUAGUCACAUCUGUCACAAGUGAAACACCAACCCCAGGCACUUCACCCGGAACUAAACCCUAUAAAGAGCGUACGACUGUUUCCACAACUGUGCCAACAACUUCCUCCACCACUGGACCCGUUGAGCAGAGCACCACGUCUCCAUUCGCAACGGGAACGUUGCCAGUUGAAUCAACUUCUACCCCCUUCGUUGUCACCCAGACCACUGCAGGGCCGACCACGACUGAAACAGUUACCGAGGCACAGUCAGGCAGCACGACAGCCGGAGUGGCCACGUCAAGCAAGCCACACAAGAUAGCCACCACUGCUCAGGCAACCACAUCCGCCACCACGGUUGUAGAGCGGGAAAGCACAACAUCCCAGCUAUCAGCGAGCACAGGGACAGCACCAAGCAGCUCUGGCCCAGUUGUAACCAGCACUAAACCUAGCACCGUGACUGGGACGGCCACGGUACCAGCUUCAAGCACAGAAGUAGUCACAUCUGUCACAAGUGAAACACCAACCCCAGGCACUUCACCCGGAACUAAACCCUAUAAAGAGCGUACGACUGUUUCCACAACUGUGCCAACAACUUCCUCCACCACUGGACCCGUUGAGCAGAGCACCACGUCUCCAUUCGCAACGGGAACGUUGCCAGUUGAAUCAACUUCUACCCCCUUCGUUGUCACCCAGACCACUGCAGGGCCGACCACGACUGAAACAGUUACCGAGGCACAGUCAGGCAGCACGACAGCCGGAGUGGCCACGUCAAGCAAGCCACACAAGAUAGCCACCACUGCUCAGGCAACCACAUCCGCCACCACGGUUGUAGAGCGGGAAAGCACAACAUCCCAGCCAUCAGCGAGCACAGGGACAGCACCAAGCAGCUCUGGCCCAGUUGUAACCAGCACUAAACCUAGCACCGUGACUGGGACGACCACGGUACCAGCUUCAAGCACAGAAGUAGUCACAUCUGUCACAAGUGAAACACCAACCCCAGGCACUUCACCCGGAACUAAACCCUAUAAAGAGCGUACGACUGUUUCCACAACUGUGCCAACAACUUCCUCCACCACUGGACCCGUUGAGCAGAGCACCACGUCUCCAUUCGCAACGGGAACGUUGCCAGUUGAAUCAACUUCUACCCCCUUCGUUGUCACCCAGACCACUGCAGGGCCGACCACGACUGAAACAGUUACCGAGGCACAGUCAGGCAGCACGACAGCCGGAGUGGCCACGUCAAGCAAGCCACACAAGAUAGCCACCACUGCUCAGGCAACCACAUCCGCCACCACGGUUGUAGAGCGGGAAAGCACAACAUCCCAGCUAUCAGCGAGCACAGGGACAGCACCAAGCAGCUCUGGCCCAGUUGUAACCAGCACUAAACCUAGCACCGUGACUGGGACGACCACGGUACCAGCUUCAAGCACAGAAGUAGUCACAUCUGUCACAAGUGAAACACCAACCCCAGGCACUUCACCCGGAACUAAACCCUAUAAAGAGCGUACGACUGUUUCCACAACUGUGCCAACAACUUCCUCCACCACUGGACCCGUUGAGCAGAGCACCACGUCUCCAUUCGCAACGGGAACGUUGCCAGUUGAAUCAACUUCUACCCCCUUCGUUGUCACCCAGACCACUGCAGGGCCGACCACGACUGAAACAGUUACCGAGGCACAGUCAGGCAGCACGACAGCCGGAGUGGCCACGUCAAGCAAGCCACACAAGAUAGCCACCACUGCUCAGGCAACCACAUCCGCCACCACGGUUGUAGAGCGGGAAAGCACAACAUCCCAGCUAUCAGCGAGCACAGGGACAGCACCAAGCAGCUCUGGCCCAGUUGUAACCAGCACUAAACCUAGCACCGUGACUGGGACGACCACGGUACCAGCUUCAAGCACAGAAGUAGUCACAUCUGUCACAAGUGAAACACCAACCCCAGGCACUUCACCCGGAACUAAACCCUAUAAAGAGCGUACGACUGUUUCCACAACUGUGCCAACAACUUCCUCCACCACUGGACCCGUUGAGCAGAGCACCACGUCUCCAUUCGCAACGGGAACGUUGCCAGUUGAAUCAACUUCUACCCCCUUCGUUGUCACCCAGACCACUGCAGGGCCGACCACGACUGAAACAGUUACCGAGGCACAGUCAGGCAGCACGACAGCCGGAGUGGCCACGUCAAGCAAGCCACACAAGAUAGCCACCACUGCUCAGGCAACCACAUCCGCCACCACGGUUGUAGAGCGGGAAAGCACAACAUCCCAGCUAUCAGCGAGCACAGGGACAGCACCAAGCAGCUCUGGCCCAGUUGUAACCAGCACUAAACCUAGCACCGUGACUGGGACGGCCACGGUACCAGCUUCAAGCACAGAAGUAGUCACAUCUGUCACAAGUGAAACACCAACCCCAGGCACUUCACCCGGAACUAAACCCUAUAAAGAGCGUACGACUGUUUCCACAACUGUGCCAACAACUUCCUCCACCACUGGACCCGUUGAGCAGAGCACCACGUCUCCAUUCGCAACGGGAACGUUGCCAGUUGAAUCAACUUCUACCCCCUUCGUUGUCACCCAGACCACUGCAGGGCCGACCACGACUGAAACAGUUACCGAGGCACAGUCAGGCAGCACGACAGCCGGAGUGGCCACGUCAAGCAAGCCACACAAGAUAGCCACCACUGCUCAGGCAACCACAUCCGCCACCACGGUUGUAGAGCGGGAAAGCACAACAUCCCAGCCAUCAGCGAGCACAGGGACAGCACCAAGCAGCUCUGGCCCAGUUGUAACCAGCACUAAACCUAGCACCGUGACUGGGACGACCACGGUACCAGCUUCAAGCACAGAAGUAGUCACAUCUGUCACAAGUGAAACACCAACCCCAGGCACUUCACCCGGAACUAAACCCUAUAAAGAGCGUACGACUGUUUCCACAACUGUGCCAACAACUUCCUCCACCACUGGACCCGUUGAGCAGAGCACCACGUCUCCAUUCGCAACGGGAACGUUGCCAGUUGAAUCAACUUCUACCCCCUUCGUUGUCACCCAGACCACUGCAGGGCCGACCACGACUGAAACAGUUACCGAGGCACAGUCAGGCAGCACGACAGCCGGAGUGGCCACGUCAAGCAAGCCACACAAGAUAGCCACCACUGCUCAGGCAACCACAUCCGCCACCACGGUUGUAGAGCGGGAAAGCACAACAUCCCAGCUAUCAGCGAGCACAGGGACAGCACCAAGCAGCUCUGGCCCAGUUGUAACCAGCACUAAACCUAGCACCGUGACUGGGACGACCACGGUACCAGCUUCAAGCACAGAAGUAGUCACAUCUGUCACAAGUGAAACACCAACCCCAGGCACUUCACCCGGAACUAAACCCUAUAAAGAGCGUACGACUGUUUCCACAACUGUGCCAACAACUUCCUCCACCACUGGACCCGUUGAGCAGAGCACCACGUCUCCAUUCGCAACGGGAACGUUGCCAGUUGAAUCAACUUCUACCCCCUUCGUUGUCACCCAGACCACUGCAGGGCCGACCACGACUGAAACAGUUACCGAGGCACAGUCAGGCAGCACGACAGCCGGAGUGGCCACGUCAAGCAAGCCACACAAGAUAGCCACCACUGCUCAGGCAACCACAUCCGCCACCACGGUUGUAGAGCGGGAAAGCACAACAUCCCAGCCAUCAGCGAGCACAGGGACAGCACCAAGCAGCUCUGGCCCAGUUGUAACCAGCACUAAACCUAGCACCGUGACUGGGACGACCACGGUACCAGCUUCAAGCACAGAAGUAGUCACAUCUGUCACAAGUGAAACACCAACCCCAGGCACUUCACCCGGAACUAAACCCUAUAAAGAGCGUACGACUGUUUCCACAACUGUGCCAACAACUUCCUCCACCACUGGACCCGUUGAGCAGAGCACCACGUCUCCAUUCGCAACGGGAACGUUGCCAGUUGAAUCAACUUCUACCCCCUUCGUUGUCACCCAGACCACUGCAGGGCCGACCACGACUGAAACAGUUACCGAGGCACAGUCAGGCAGCACGACAGCCGGAGUGGCCACGUCAAGCAAGCCACACAAGAUAGCCACCACUGCUCAGGCAACCACAUCCGCCACCACGGUUGUAGAGCGGGAAAGCACAACAUCCCAGCCAUCAGCGAGCACAGGGACAGCACCAAGCAGCUCUGGCCCAGUUGUAACCAGCACUAAACCUAGCACCGUGACUGGGACGACCACGGUACCAGCUUCAAGCACAGAAGUAGUCACAUCUGUCACAAGUGAAACACCAACCCCAGGCACUUCACCCGGAACUAAACCCUAUAAAGAGCGUACGACUGUUUCCACAACUGUGCCAACAACUUCCUCCACCACUGGACCCGUUGAGCAGAGCACCACGUCUCCAUUCGCAACGGGAACGUUGCCAGUUGAAUCAACUUCUACCCCCUUCGUUGUCACCCAGACCACUGCAGGGCCGACCACGACUGAAACAGUUACCGAGGCACAGUCAGGCAGCACGACAGCCGGAGUGGCCACGUCAAGCAAGCCACACAAGAUAGCCACCACUGCUCAGGCAACCACAUCCGCCACCACGGUUGUAGAGCGGGAAAGCACAACAUCCCAGCUAUCAGCGAGCACAGGGACAGCACCAAGCAGCUCUGGCCCAGUUGUAACCAGCACUAAACCUAGCACCGUGACUGGGACGACCACGGUACCAGCUUCAAGGGAUGUGAUAUAUAAUGUCACUGAUGGUGCUGGGUGGUGCUUUACUGCCUACUGUAAUGCAACCUGUAGCAUAGUAAAGACGUCAUCUUCCUGUGGCACACAAUUAACAACUACUCCAUCCGCAACUACCCCUUUGAGGACCACAACACAGUCUAACAACACAACACCUACGAGGAGCAGCCCUGAAACUACAACAGUUGGAACUACACAGUGCCCGUAUAUGUCAAGAAGUCCAGAUUGUCCUUAUCUGACCCCCCCAAGAAAGAGCGGAGAAUCCUGGAAGGUAGAUGACUGCACAACAGCAACGUGUCUUGAUGGCACAGUCAUCUAUAAACCAUAUGAGUGCAAUCCAGUUGAAACCCCCAUUUGUGAAAGUGGUCGGGCCCCUGUAAAGGUUUAUGAUGAAACUGGCUGCUGUUUUGAAUAUCAGUGUGAAUGUACUUGCAACGGAUGGGGUGAUUCUCAUUAUGUAACAUUUGAUGGAAAAUCUUACAGUUUCAAUGGCAACUGCUCAUAUGUUUUGUUUCAAGAAAUUAUCCCUGUACAAAACUUCAGAGUUGCCAUUGACAGACAGUACUGCAGUGCUGGCAGUUCAUUCUGCUCACAGGCACUUAUUAUCAGUUACCAACUACAGGAGAUCAUUCUCACUCAGACAAGCAGUGCGAGUGGCAUCACCGAUAUGGUGAUGGUGGACCAGAAACGUGUCUUCCCUGCUUUCAAAAAUGGUAACCUCAUGAUCACGAGCACAGGCUUAGAGGUCACAUUGGAAAUACCUGAGAUACAGGCUCAAGUGACCUACACAGGCUCUUCAUUUGGCAUCAGUGUUCCCUAUUUACUGUUCCAGAAUAACACACGGGGCCAGUGUGGUAGCUGCGAUAACGUCAAAGAUAAUGACUGCCAGUCAAUCUUUGGUGAGGUUACAUCUUGUACUGAGACAGCGCUCAGCUGGCAGGUCCCCAGCCUGGACUGUAAACCAUCUCCCACUCCUGCUCCAGUCGUCACCACUGUGUCCCCAAAGACCACAUCUGGUCCUUGCAAGCCCCCUAUUUGUGACCUAAUCUACAGCAGAGUGUUUGAGGAGUGCCGAAAAGCAAUUCCCCCUGAGGCCUACAUGGAGGGCUGUUUACAUGACGUGUGUGAUACAGUGACCUCUGGCUGUACUAGUCUGCAGGCAUAUGCAUCUGCCUGUGCCAAGUUAGGCAUCUGUGUGGACUGGAGGGAUUACACCAAUGGAGAGUGCACAAUAACAUGCCCUGGUACCAAGGUCUACAAGCCCUGCGGCCCAGCUGUGGAGGAAACCUGCAAUGCUCAAUAUAAUAACAGGUACAUUAUCGACAAAAACAGUACAGAGGGGAUGAAAGAAGGAUGCUUCUGUGAAGCUGGGACUAUCCUGUUUAGCACCUACUCAGAUGUAUGCGUCACCUCCUGUGCUUGCACUGGUCCUGACGGCAGUCCCAAAAUGCCUAAUGAUACAUGGCAAGACAACUGUCAGACCUGUGAAUGUGAUGGCAACACACUCAGUGUCCAGUGUCAACCCAUUGCAUGUGCCACUUUGCCCCCUCUCUCCUGUGAUAACCCUGGUGAAGUGCUUGUAAACAUAACAGAUGGAUGCUGCGAGAGCUCCGAAUGCAAGUGCGAUGAGAGUCUAUGCCCCGAAGUCACAUCAGUCUGUAAGGUUGGCUUCAUGCCAGUCAUAGAGAUGAAUAACGGGAGCUGUUGCCCAGACAUCAAGUGUGGGUCAUGUGUACCAGUCUACUCCUGGUCAGUGCUGUGGAAAGUGUGUAAGAACCAGCUGUAUAGUGGUGCUUCCUGGCAACACCACAUACAGCAUUCAGGUCAACAGCGUAAUGAAUGUAACGUGCAUAAGAACACUACCACUCUGGUGAAUGGUGGUUGUGUUAGUGUGGAACCUGUUGAGAUCACUUCAUGCUCUGGGGCCUGUGGAACCAUGUCUAUGUACUCAGCAGACACCAGUUCUUUGAUGCACUCAUGCUCCUGCUGUCGAGAGAUGAGUACCAGCAAGAGAGAGGUGGACUUGAUCUGUCCUGAUGGGUCUAAGGUCAGCUACUCGUACAUCUACAUUGAGACCUGUGGCUGCCACGUCACAGAAUGCACAGACUCCGGGACACAGUCAGGGAAACGAAGGAGAAGACGCUGA